AUGAAUGGAGAAGUUAAAGCUGCAAAUAAGAAUAUCAAGAGGAUUUUGAGGAAGAUAGUGGACGGUAAUAGAGAAUGGCAUGAGAAUUUGCCAUAUGCUUUACUCGAAUAUCGCACCAUAAUUAGAACUUCUACUGGGGAAACUCCCUACAUAUUGGUUUACGGGUUAGAAGAAGUGAUACCGGCAGAGGUGGAAAUACCUUUAUUAAGAGUCAUUCAAAAGGUUGGUCUAGACGACGCUCAAUGGAUUUGUAGAAGGAUUGAGCAAUUGAUGCUCAUUUAUGAGAAGAGAUUGGAUGCAGUCUAUCAUGGUCAACUCUAUCAAAAUAGAAUGAUCAAGGCAUUCAACAAGAAAGUUAAGCCUCGACGAUUCACACCAGGACAGUUGGUAUUGAAGAAGAUAUUCCUUCACCAAGAUGAAGCCAAACGUGAACAGAGAAGAGAGAUCAGCAAAAAGGUUGAGAUAUUAAGAUCGUUUAAUCUGUUCACUAACUCAGGCAAAGGUUUUAAUAAGUUGCUAUUGGCGGAAGUUUUCUAG